AGGGCUGCUCCUCUGUUCCUUCCCAGAUUCCUGCCAGCUCAACUACUCAGAAGGCCCCUGCCUAGGGAUGAUAGAGAGAUAUUACUACAAUGGCACGUCCAUGGCCUGUGAGCCCUUCCAAUAUGGGGGCUGCCUGGGCAAUGGCAACAACUUCAUCUCUGAGAAGGAGUGUCUGCAGACGUGCCGGACCGUAGCGGCCUGCAAUCUCCCCAUAGUCCAAGGCCCCUGCCGAGCCUAUAUAGAACUCUGGGCCUUUGAUGCAGCCAAAGGGAAGUGCAUCCAGUUCGUCUACGGGGGAUGCAGCGGCAAUGGUAACAAGUUCUACUCUGAGAAGGAGUGCAAGGAGUACUGUGGAGUUCCUGGUGAUGGGUACAAGGAGCUAAUGCAGAGCUGAAGGAGCCGGUCUGCAAGCCACAUGGUGGCCACUAUCCCUCCCAGUGUGGGCUGGCCCAGGUGGUCUGGACUCCAAUAAAACAAGCUGUCAACUCUGUG